AUGUUGGUGGACAUUCUGGACUUUGAAAGCUCCAUCGUGCCCGAGCUGUUCGAGUCGUGUCGACAGAAGAACCUCCAAGUGAUGUUCGUUAUUAAUAAGAUAGAUGGCAUCCCCUUCUACGAGAAGAAGAAACAUCAGAUUCGUCAGUGGGCCACCCGAAUGAGUCGUCAGAUCAAGAACGCUCAGUGGUCGGAUGUGGUUCUCGUAUCUUCACUCAACGGUACGGGCUUUGCAGAAUUGGAAGACCGGAUGCGACAGUACCUCUCAGCCGAUAAGCCCAGGUGGAUAUACAUCGUGGGAAGAGUGAACACGGGCAAGAGCACAUUUGUUAACCGCUGGCUACGCCAUAUCGGUUACACCCAUCUUGGGACCGUCAACUACAAGCGUGGCACGUGA